CGCUUCUUCUCAGAUGGCAACGAAGUUUAAUCGAUGCACAGCACCAUUUUCGGUGUAGUCGUCAUUGUAGACAGCUUUUGUUUUCCUGACUUAAGAAGUUGAAUGCAGUGAGAUACAGUGACUAAGUUGACUGCUACUAGUGAGUAGUGAGGAAUUUUUCAUCUGAUCAACCAAUAUCCUAUAAAGAUGCCGAACAUCAAGCUACAGAGCAGCGAUGGAGAAGUGUUUGAAGUUGAUGUGGAGAUAGCCAAGCAGAGCAUCACAAUCAAGACUAUGUUGGAUGAUCUGGGCAUGGAUGAAGGGGAGGACGAGGUCGUUCCUCUACCCAACGUCAACGCGGCGAUCAUGAAGAAGGUGAUCCAGUGGUGCAGCUCCCACAAGGACGACCCUCCCCUGCCUGACGAGGAUGACAACAAGGAAAAGAGGACUGAUGAUAUUUCGUCUUGGGAUGCUGACUUCCUCAAGGUAGACCAAGGCACUCUGUUCGAGCUGAUCCUGGCAGCGAACUACCUGGACAUCAAAGGCCUGCUCGACGUCACCUGCAAGACGGUAGCCAACAUGAUCAAGGGCAAGUCUCCUGAGGAGAUACGCAAGACCUUCAAUAUCAAGAAUGACUUCACUCCUGCUGAAGAGGAACAAGUCAGAAAAGAAAAUGAAUGGUGCGAGGAGAAAUAGGUGCAUUACCAUAAUCUUAGUUUAAAAACUUCUCUGAAGGAUAUGGAAAUUAAAAUAUGCCUCGUAUAUCUUGAGUGAUUCCUUUUUUAGUUUUCACUUAUCGGUGCAAUGAUGUAUCAUUGCUACUAAUAUGCGGAGACCUUUUCAGUUUACCUUCAUUAAUCUUGAUCAUAACCAUCCAGUAUAGCCUUCAUCUUGCAGGCAUGGACGUCGCAUUCUUACGGGUUGUCUGUAUUCUAGGAUGCAUUCUUCAUUCCGACGAGUUAUUCGUUGGAAUUUAUAGAAAAUAAUGGAAAUUUUGUGUCUGUCGAUUGUAAGAAAUGCCAGGACCUUAAGAUUCUCCCUCAACUCGCACACCAUCUUUCCACCCGUAACGUGUUUUUUCUGCUGUUCUAUUUAAACGCUACCGGAUCUCUCGUUGUCAUGCAAUAUUCUAGCCUCCUAACCUCGCAACUUCCUCAAGCCGCCAGAUGUCCUGCGGGCGGCUUGAGAUUUUCUACUUGGGCUAAAUUAUCAAAUUAAGUUGCAUUAAUAUUUUAAUCUAGACAUUGCAGAUAAAUAAAAUGUAUUCCUAAAAUUUUAGUAGGCUCUCAAUUGCUAAAGUCUAAUGCAUUAACAAAUCCUUGCUUCGGUGAGAAAUUUCUCUUGUGCAUCAGACUCUUGGCCCAUAGUAUCAUUGUGCUCGGUGCAAUUCGGUGGUCGUGAGUUUAAUUUAUUUUAAAUUCGCCCAUAUAUCGUCCGUGCACUCCAUGUAUAUCGAGCAAACUCUCAAGUCAGACUAAUAAGACCUGCCUUUUGUGGAAGCCAUUCUUAACUUAAUUGUCCGGUACUUUCCUUGUUGAAUUUCAAUUUACAAAAGUUUUUAAGAUCAGGGUUUUACCUAGGUUGACAACUGUAACUUCUGUAACUUUUUGAAAGAAUGACCUUAAGUAUAUGUAAGUUAAAAAAUUC